AUGAAGGGACCCACUCUCGCCCUGUUUCUCUUCUCUGUCCUGUUGGCUGUUGUGCAAGGGCGAAGUAGGGAGACUGUGAAGCUCUGUGGCCUCGACUAUGUGAGAACAGUCGUCUACAUCUGCGCCAGCUCUUGAUGGAGGAGACACCUGGAAGGGGCCCACCAAGCUCAGCGAGCUGAACCAAGAAACUACUUCCAGCUCCCAGACAUACAGGAGACAUCCAAGGAAACUCUUGAGCACAACCUUCCCAAGAUGGCUAUCUCAGGACGGGAACUUGUUCAAGACCCACAGGCGCCCAUGGAAAGGCUUUGGCAGCUGAAGAAGUACUCACAAGUGUCCAAACGAGAUCUGCAAACUAUGUGCUGCAUAGAAGGCUGCUCCAUGACUGAGCUCAGUACACUCUGUUAG